AUGGUCACCAAUAGUGUUUCCUGUUCCCAGACGGUCAGGUUUCCUCAUGUGCGGGCCGAAGACUUGAACCUUACCGAUAAAUUGGUUAGCGGGUGGUUCUGUUGUAACCGAUGGUGCGGAUCUCAGCCUAAAGGUUACACAUCCAGGCGGCAAUAUAGAAAAGACCUGACGACAUGCGCUGAGGCAGAAUCGAGUGGGUUAGGUUAUUUUGAAGUAAGUUCUCUGAGAGCCUACCCCAUACACAAUGAUGAUGUGGCCGAGAUCGCGGAGAGUGGAGCUGAGGCCAGCUGGUGCAAGGACGCGGCCGUUUUGUGCUUGUCACUUCCCGAAUUCGCGCGCAAACUGGCUAGGAUCGGCUCCAAGGAUUAUCUUCAAUUGGUAUGGAAAAAGGACAAAAAAGGAUACAAUUCAAAGGUUGAAUUGGCCACACUAGCCACUGGACUAGACCAUCCAUCUAAAUAG